UCCAGGCCGCGCUAGGUGGUUCUUCCCCCGCCGCCGGCCCGGGGCCCGUCCCGGCCUCCUCUAGCUCCCAGGAGUCCCGCGGAGCCGCCGCUGGGCCCUGCCCGCCCCGGCCGCUCCCCUCCGCGCGCGGCAGCGGGAUGAAGCUGACGGACAACGUGCUGCGGAGCUUCCGCGUGGCCAAGGUCUUCCGUGAGAACUCGGACAAGAUCAACUGCUUCGACUUCAGCCCCAAUGGCGAGACCGUCAUCUCCAGCAGUGACGACGACUCCAUCGUGCUCUAUGACUGCCAGGAGGGCAAACCAAAGAGAACGCUGUACAGUAAAAAGUAUGGAGUGGACCUCAUCAGGUACACACAUGCAGCCAACACUGUGGUGUACAGCUCCAACAAAAUAGAUGAUACAAUCCGAUACCUCUCACUGCAUGACAAUAAAUACAUCCGAUAUUUCCCUGGGCAUACAAAGAGAGUGGUUGCUCUCUCCAUGUCUCCAGUGGAUGAUACUUUUAUUUCUGGAUCACUUGAUAAGACCAUCCGGCUUUGGGAUCUCCGGUCUCCAAACUGUCAGGGUUUAAUGCAUCUUCAGGGGAAGCCUGUGUGCUCCUUUGAUCCAGAAGGGUUGAUUUUUGCUGCGGGAGUCAAUUCUGAAAUGGUAAAGCUUUAUGAUCUUCGUUCUUUUGACAAGCCCGCUUCACUCCCACCCUCCUGCGUGGGAGGGUCCUGGCCCUGGCCGACAUGCACAGCUUCUGGGCUGGGCCACUGCUGCCACUGCUGCAGCUGCCAGGGGACCAGCUCAGCUUCCCCAGCCUCCAGCGGCUCCUCCUCGUGUCCCUGCUGCAGUGCUCGCUCUGGGCACCAGGGUCCAUUUGCAACAUUUAAGAUGCAAUAUGAUCGAACCUGUGAGUGGACAGGUUUGAAGUUCAGUAAUGAUGGCAAACUUAUCCUCAUAUCAACCAAUGGUGGAUUCAUUCGACUGAUUGAUGCCUUCAAAGGAGCUGUACUGCAUACAUUUGGGGGGUAUAACAACAGUAAGGCUGUCACAUUGGAGGCAUCAUUUACACCAGACUCCCAGUUCAUCAUGAUUGGUUCUGAGGAUGGAAAGAUCCAUGUCUGGAAUGGGGAGAGUGGGAUGAAGGUGGCUGUAUUGGAUGGUAAACACACAGGUCCUAUAACCUGUCUGCAAUUCAAUCCUAAAUUCAUGACCUUUGCCAGUGCAUGUUCCAAUAUGGCAUUUUGGUUGCCAACCAUAGAUGACUAAUUCUGAAAUGAGAACCGCCAUUGUGUGAUUUUCAUACUGUAAAUUGCAGCAUAUUCUUGAAGAGAUAGUAUUGGAAUUGCCUUGUUCUCCUGGACCUUUCGUGUUUGUCUUGAAACUUUUCAAUUGCUGCAUUGCUUCACAAGGACCCCCUCCAUUUUGACCUUCUGCAGUCUGAUUAUACCAUAUUCAGAAGCUGUGUGAAACACCUUAUGUUCCUGCUUUCCAACUAUUGCUCAGCAGGUUUAAGUUGAACCUGUAACUGACACAGUGUUACUUUUGAGAAAGUGAGAGUGGAACCAUGGAAUCUAAUUUGUGAAAGGUUUGCUGCAGUCUUUAAGGCAUAAUAGUGUGUUCUCUUUUCUUCCUGUAAACACACAAGGUUAUUGAUGUUCUGGGGUGGGACGUCCAUUACCAUCUUGCACUGCAUGUUUUAUAAUAUGUGAAAUCUCUACAGUAUCGCCCAAAACUUUUGUGCCAAAUGCAAACAGACUCACAGUUUUUUAAACUCAAACGUUAAUGCAGAGUGCUUUUUGUUAUCAAACACUUGUCCAGUAGAAGUGCAUGUCUGCGUGAAUGCAUCACUGCACCCAUCACCAUGUUAUGGUGCUCUAGUGUCUGGCAAACCAUAAAGGUUUUGCCCACUGGCAGAGAGAGCCUGAAGCUUCCUUUCUGCCUUGUUCAUAAUCCAGGGCUCUCAGAGUAUUGAAGAGUGUCCCAAGCAAUAAAGAAAGCUGUCACCAGGAAGAUGAUGAAACAGUAGUUUUCUCUUGCAUCAUCUUUCUGUAUCAUGCUGGUUGAUCUUAUUUGUAAAUAUUGGGGGGGGGGGGGGGUCAUAUUUUUUUACUUUUAGAUAUUAGAGUAUGAUGUGGGCCGGUGUUGUGGAUUGAGUCCAGGCUCUUUAACCUUUCUUGUUGAACCUUUGCAGUUUUCUCCUCCAGUUCUGUAAAUAAACUCCAUUAAAUUCUCCCCCAAACAAGGACCCAGCCCUGCAUCCCUUUUAUUAAUAAACUUUCCACAGAAGUGUUUAUUCUAUCAAG